CGCGCGGGCCCAGGCCGCCCGGCUCCAGGCGAGCAGCGGCGGCGGCACAGCGGCAGCUCCCUCGCAGCCCCUCCCCGGCGCGGUGCAUGGAGACGCGGCCCGCCGCGCGCCGCUGAGCCCGCCGCCCGGCCCGGGACCCGCCGGGGCUGGGGUGGCCUCGGACUCGGGCCGCCCCCCGCGCCGACGCCGGACUCGGGCUCGGCCGGCCGCCCCCGCCGCCCGAGGGCUGCGCGCGGCCCGCGGGCCUCGUCGCCCGCGCGGAUCGCCGCGGCCCGGCCGUCCCGUCCCAGGAAGUGGCCGUCCUGACCGCCAUGGCUCACUCCCCGGUGCAGUCGGGCCUGCCCGGCAUGCAGAACCUGAAAGCGGAUCCAGAAGAGCUUUUUACAAAACUGGAGAAAAUUGGAAAGGGCUCUUUCGGUGAGGUGUUCAAAGGCAUUGACCUUCGGACUCAGAAAGUGGUUGCCAUAAAAAUCAUUGAUCUGGAAGAAGCUGAAGAUGAGAUAGAGGACAUUCAACAAGAAAUCACAGUGCUGAGUCAGUGUGACAGCCCAUAUGUAACCAAAUAUUACGGAUCCUACCUGAAGGACACAAAGUUGUGGAUAAUAAUGGAAUAUCUUGGUGGAGGCUCUGCACUAGAUCUAUUAGAACCUGGCCCUUUAGAUGAAACUCAGAUUGCUACUAUAUUAAGAGAAAUACUGAAAGGACUUGAUUAUUUGCAUUCGGAGAAGAAAAUUCAUAGAGAUAUUAAAGCUGCCAACGUUCUGCUGUCCGAACACGGAGAGGUGAAGCUGGCCGAUUUUGGCGUGGCGGGCCAGCUGACAGAUACCCAGAUAAAAAGAAACACCUUCGUGGGCACCCCCUUCUGGAUGGCGCCCGAGGUCAUUAAGCAGUCUGCCUACGACUCCAAGGCAGACAUCUGGUCCCUGGGCAUAACGGCCAUCGAGCUCGCAAAAGGGGAGCCCCCUCACUCUGAGCUGCAUCCCAUGAAGGUUUUAUUCCUCAUCCCAAAGAACAACCCCCCCACGCUGGAAGGCAGCUACAGCAAAGCCCUCAAGGAGUUCGUGGAAGCCUGUUUGAACAAGGAGCCAAGCUUUAGACCCACGGCUAAGGAGUUGCUGAAGCACAAGUUUAUAAUACGCAACUCAAAGAAGACCUCCUAUCUGACCGAGCUCAUCGACAGGUACAAGCGGUGGCGGGCCGAGCAGAGCCAUGAAGACUCGGGCUCCGAAGACUCAGACACGGAAACGGAUACCGACAGCCAGGCAUCUGGAGGCAGCGACUCUGGGGACUGGAUCUUCACGAUUCGAGAGAAGGAUCCAAAGAGUCUCGAGAACGGAGCCCUGCAGCCUUCGGACUUAGAAAGGAAUAAGGUGAAAGACAUCCCAAAGAGGCCUUUCUCUCAGUGUUUGUCUACAAUUAUUUCUCCACUGUUUGCAGAGUUGAAGGAGAAGAGCCAGUCAUGCGGCGGGAACACGGGGCCCAUAGAGGAACUGCGUGGCGCCAUCUACCUGGCGGAAGAGGCCUGCCCCGGGAUCUCGGACACCAUGGUGGCCCAGCUCGUCCAGCGGCUGCAGAGAUAUUCUCUAAGUGGUGGAGGAAGCUCAUCCCACUGAAAUUCCUUUGGCAUUUGGGGUUUUGUUUUUCUUUUUUCUUCGUCGUCGUCGUCCUCGUACAAAGUCAACGAGAGCCUUUGCCGACCCGGCCAUGGCAGUGUGUCACCCGGGGGCCGCCCUCCCCUGCCCGGGCCACACGCCUCGGGUCCCUGCCGGCCUCCGCCACACGAAGCCUCCGCCACGUGAAGCCUCCGGGUGGGGUGGGUCGCUCGGCUCCUUCAAGCAAUCAUCCGAUUUUACUGUUCUUGUUUUUAAUUUUAGCCAGUGUGCACAUAUCAAGGAAAGUGUCUUUAGAAACAAAAACAGACCCUGAAAUGUCUGUGUGGGAUCACGACAAGGCCACAUACGAAAUGAAACCUCAGGUAUCUUGCUUUAAGUUGCUCACUCCCCUCGGCGGGAGCCGGAGAAGCCUCUGGUGGGUCAGUGUACAGAUCUGUAUAUAGCGUCCUUUUUACGGAAACCCUCUGGCGAGCGUCAGGAAUCACUGUGUACAAACGGGCCGAGUGCUUCUGUAGAUAAUGUCAGUGGAGUAAAUAUUUGACCGGCCGUAACCCGAGUCUUUUGCCUUGCCUUUAUUACAUGUAAAUUUUGACUUCCGUGACCAGUGAUUUGGGUUUUAUUUUGUAUCUGCAGGGUUUGCCAUUAAUAAUAAUAAACGCGCCUCCUGCGAACACUCCUCUUUGUCCCCCCGCACAGGCCCAGCCCCUCGCGUGUGCCCGCCGGCCCGCCCGGUGCCCGGAGAGGUCGGUUUCCUUUCCUUCGAUGGUACUAUUUCUUAGUGUUUUAAAUCGGAACAUAUCUUGCCUCAUGAAGCUUUAAUGAUUUUAAGUUGCUCCCCGACGACGUCGCGCUCGUCUGUUAGAACAUUUGUUGGAACUUGUGCCGCUGCCAAGCCCGCGCCCGCCGCGCCGCCCUCCCGACGCUCCCGGCAGUGAGCGCGGCGCGCCCGCCCCCGUGUCCCCGUGCUUACACCAAUAAAUUUUAUAACGCACCGUU